GUAUUAAGCGAACAACCCAUAAACCUCAUUCAACUAAAAGGUUGGCCACAGCCUCUCCAUCUUCUCCUUUCGAAGCCUCAUCUACUGUUAAAGCUCGUCUACAAACCUUGAUUGAUGAAAUAAUUCACAAUCCCAUUACUAAGGACCCAGUUGAUAAGUCUCCGAGCCACGAAGGUUCCGACUCCUCCUCUUCAGAUGUCCAAAAGUCUUCACCUAAGACGAGAGGCUCUCGUUCUUCCUUGUGGCUUGCUAACAAAAAUUUCAAGACUGUCAACCCAAAUGAAGUGGUUGAUCUCUCUCCAAAAACCAAGAAAACAACACCUUCCACUGCAUUACCCCAUUUCAAACUAGCUUUCCAACUUCCAAGGCGCUUUGCAAUCAAAUCAGAUGUUAUAGGGAGAGCUGAGUCUGCUCGUAAAAUUGUGGCUGAUGAAACUGCAACCUUGGUCAGCAAGAAGGUGAAGUGUCUAUCCGUAAAGCAUGAUCAUGAGACUCAGACUAAACACAUCCAGACCAACCAAGAUGAAAUCAAGCACUUUGAGUCUGAAUUAUCUAAGUUUCAUGAGCAACUUUCUUCCCAUGAGGAAUAUGCAAAUAUCUUAUCUGACCAAAGGACUCAUGCAUUUGCUGAACUAAACUCUCACAUCGAUCAUGUUGCCACUUUACAACAAACUUUGGAGACAUUAACAAACUCUGCUAACCAAGCUGAAGAAGAGCUCACCCUCAUGAGGAUGGAAUGGAUAAAGGAUAGCAUCAUAACAACCUCGAUAACGGCUAGCCAACAAAAAUGGAGCAAGUGCCAAGCGUCUACCAUGAGCUAAAGCUAAAGCUAGAGUGAUAUAUUCCUUGGUGGGCCCUUUUCCAGCUACACAAAUAAUGAACUUGCAAAUUAAGGUUAGCAUAAAUGCAGUAUGUUCUUUCACAUUUGGUCCUUCAGAUGGGUUUGGGCUGGCUUCAAUGAAGGCAUUGUAAGACGGUAAAAUGGAUUUUGUAUUGAAGUUAGCACCUAGGACAUUCAAUAAAGCUAUGAUUUCUUC